UGCAAAUCGGAGAGAUAGAAGCUAUAUAUACAUAUACAUAUAUAUACAUAAUCUCGCCGGAAAAUUUAUAUCUAUAUUAUUUUACGUAUCAAACUUCGUAAAAACGAUAGAGGAGGGUCGUGAGAGGUCUAGGAAUACUUCCCAAUAAAUUUUAGACCGAUUCGUAGUCACCGGAGUUGCUUAGACGUCGCCGGAGUGUCAAGCCGUGCAAACGGGUCGUCAGCAAAAGCGGACAUUUGGCCGUCGAUAGGGGUGGAGGAGCUUCGUCUCGACGUGAGGAUCAUUUUGCAACUUGAAUCGUCAAAAACCGUUACCUAAGGAGGAUUCAAGUGAAGACCAAAGCUAGAGAUUUUAUUAAGGGGAUUAUCGCAAUCUAAGAUAUCAUGGCACCGAGAAGAGACCCUGAUAAUACAUCCACCAAUGCUGAGCUGGCACAAAGCGUCCAACAAUUGGCGCAGUUCAUCACCAAAAUCAGAACAAUGGAAAUGACGCUGCUAAACGAGUAGCAUCUCACAACCCAUCGAGCUUUCAUGGGCAAGAAGAUCCUCGUAUCCUCGAGGAUUGGAUCCGACUCUUUGACAAACUCUUUGACGCGGUGAACUGUUCAGAAGAGCAAAAAGUUGACAUUGUUGUUUAUUACUUACAAAAAGAUGGGGAUAACUGGUGGGUCUCAUCAGGCCCAGCUCUACGUCAACAACCCAAUUUCAAUUGGGGAGCUUUCAAGAUUGCCAUGAGGAAACGUUUUUAUCCUGCUCACGUCCAGGCCGCCAUGCAUGAGGAAUUCAUACAUUUGAAACAACUGGACAUGAGUGUCCAGGAAUAUCACACUAAAUUCCUGGACCUCGUGCCAUUUGCAAAGACAAUCGUGCCUGAUGAGAGCACCAAAGUCGAGAAGUUUAUUCGUGGAUUAAACUUUGAUACACAGAAAACCGUCGUUGUUUUGGGUUGCCAAACUCUGACGGAUGCCUAUGAUAGAGCUGCAGUUCACUAUCGUGUUCAGCAGUUACAAAGAGAGAGAAACCAGAAAAUGAAGAGGUACGGAGAUGAGGAGAGAGGUCGGGGAGAAAAGAGGUUUAGGGCGAACCCACCUACAAAACAACAAGAACGGAGGGAGAGGAGAGAUGACCAAAGCGGAAGAAAUUUCCGUGGUCAAAACCAGCAAAACGAUCGGAGAGCUGCUCCUAGAGAUAGGCACUUCUACUUCAAGAAGUGCGGGAGAGAUCACCCUGCGGCUAAGUGCGAUGGGAGCCUAACCAAAUGUUUCAAUUGCGGGAAGCUAGGGCACCGAUCCUUUGAGUGUCUGUCAAAGACCAAUGGGGCACCAUGAACCAGGUGCAAUAUCAUGAUGGAAACCGAACCGGGCCUAAUGGCGGGCAAAACAACAACAAUGCCGCCGCCAUCAACAACAACCGCAACCCUCGAGGAGGAGGGGAGAAUAAUCGCAGUCACGAUAAUGGCGGUAACCAAGAAAAUGGCGGGAACAAUGGCAAUGGCGGAAAUAACGGCAACCGUCUGAACCAAGGGCGAAUCAUGGUAAUGAACCAAGCCCAAGCCAAUGCCAAUGAUGUGGUCUCAGGUACAUUCCUUGUAAAUUCUGAGCAUGCUUAUGUUCUAUUUGAUUCUGGUGCUUCUCACAGUUUCAUAUCUUCUAAUUUCGUUAAGAGAUUAAAGAUUGAACCAACAGCUAGAAUAGACUUGAAUGUAAGAACUCCCUCAGAUAAAUUUGUAACUUGUGGAAAUGUAUACUCCAACAUUUCUGUACUCAUAUGUGAGUCCAACCUACCUGGAGACUUAAUCCAAUUUGACUUAGAAGAUAUAGACGUAGUACUGGGCAUGGAAUGGUUGGGGAAAUACAAAGCUAGGAUCCUAUGUGAUGAACAGAAGGUGAUCUUGAACGGUCCAAAUGGGAAGAGAAUAUCUUACAUAGCAAUCACAACCAAGCCCAGUAUGAAGCUGAUGACUAUGCGACAAUUACGACAACAUAUUCGAAAGGGGUAUGAAACCUACUUGUGUUUGAUGAAAGAGGUGAAUAUAGAAGAGCCAAACAUUGACCAAAUUGUUGUAGUCAACAAAUUUCCGGACGUAUUUCCGGAGGAGAUUCCGGGAAUGCCGCCCGAGAGAGAUGUUGAAUUCUCAAUUGAGUUGAUGCCCGGAACUGCACCAAUUUCAAAAGCACCUUACCAGAUGGCACCAAAAGAAAUGCAAGAGCUGAAGGAGCAACUGGAGGAGAUAUUAGAGAAGGGUUACAUAAGGCCGAGUGUCUCACCUUGGGGUGCUCCGGUCUUAUUUGUCAAAAAGAAAGAUGGGAGUCUAAGGCUAUGUAUCGAUUACCGGGAGUUGAAUCAAGCAUCUAUCAAGAACAAAUAUCCAUUACCCCGGAUUGACGACUUGUUUGAUCAAUUAAAAGGGGCUAGCACGUUCUCUAAGAUAGACUUGCGCUCUGGCUACCAUCAAGUGAGAAUAGCCGAGAAAGAUGUACCAAAGACAACAUUCCGCACGAGGUAUGGACACUACGAGUUCACUGUGAUGCCGUUUGGUUUAACUAAUGCACCAGCGGUAUUCAUGGAUCUAAUGAACCGUGUAUUCCGACCUUACCUUGAUACCUUUGUAGUGGUAUUCAUUGAUGAUAUCCUCGUUUAUUCAAAAACCCCGGAGGAUCACGAGAAGCACUUGAGACUCACAUUGCAAACUUUGAGAGAGAACCAGUUGUAUGCCAAACUCUCAAAGUGCGACUUCUGGCAGGAUCAGGUAGCGUUCUUGGGUCACAUUAUCACCCAAGAGGGCGUAUCCGUAGAUCCAUCCAAGAUUGAGGCGGUGAUUGAGUGGCGUGAACCUACCUCGGUCACGGAUGUAAGAAGUUUCUUAGGAUUAGCCGGUUACUAUCGGAGAUUUGUUAAAGAUUUCUCCAAGAUAGCAAGACCGUUAACCAACCUGACGAAGAAGACAACCAAGUUCUAUUGGGAUGAAGAUUGUGAAGCGGCAUUUCAAGAGUUGAAGAAAAGACUCACAACCGCGCCGGUCUUGACAUUACUGUCAGGGACGGAGGGGUUCGAUAUCUAUAGCGAUGCAUCUAAGAAGGGGUUGGGGUGUGUGCUUAUGCAAAAUAGGAAAGUGGUGGCUUAUGCAUCAAGACAAUUGAAGGUGCAUGAAGUUAAUUAUCCUACUCAUGACUUGGAGUUAGCUUCAGUAGUGUUUGCACUGAAAAUCUGGAGACAUUACCUAUACGGAGCACAAUGUAAGAUAUACACUGACCACAAAAGCUUGAAGUACAUAUUCACUCAAAAAGAGCUUAACAUGAGGCAAAGAAGAUGGCUCGAACUUCUAAGUGAUUACGACCUGGAAAUCCAAUACCACGAGGGAAAAGCUAAUGUGGUGGCGGAUGCUUUGAGCCGGAAAUCUGAGCACUCAUGCCGAGCAACAUGGAUAUUACCAGAAGAACUGUUCCGAGACUUUCAAAGAUUGAACUUGGAAGUAAAACAAUAUGGCGAAGUAGAUAGUGAAAUACAGUUAUGUACUAUGACCGUUACAGCAUCUAUCUUCGAGGAGAUCAAGAAUGGGCAACCGAGAGAUGUGAAGCUCGAGAGAAUCAAGGAAAGAAUGAAAGAUGGGGUCAAUGGACCAUUCAGGACACAUGAAGAUGGGAGAAUCUGAUACAAGGGAAGGUGGUGUGUUCCUCUGAAGUGUGCAGAUAUUAAAAGACAAAUCAUGGAGGAGGGACACAACACUCCCUACUCAGUACAUCCCGGGGGAGACAAAUUAUACAAAGACCUCAAAAAGAACUUUUGGUGGCCGGGAAUGAAGAGAGAAGUAGUUGAAUUCGUAUCCUGAUGUUUGAAUUGCCAAAAAGUCAAAGUAGAGAGAUGUAAACCCAAGGGACUUGUGCAACCCUUGGAAGUACCUAAAUGGAAGUGGGAUUCCAUCUCGAUGGAUUUUGUUGGAGGGUUACCCUUAACUAAAUCCGAAAGAGAUAAGAUUUGGGUAAUCGUUGACCGAUUAACCAAAACUGCAAGAUUUAUUCCCAUGAAUGAAACUUGGAGCAUGGACAAGCUGGCCAAAGCCUAUGUCAAAUACGUGGUCAAACACCACGGAGUACCUCAAGACAUCGUAUCAGAUCGAGAUUCACGAUUCUUAUCUCAAUUCUGGAAGGAAUUACAAACGGCUAUGGGGACAAAAUUGAAGUUAAGUACUGCUUUUCAUCCAACCACGGAUGGGCAGACCGAAAGAACAAUCCAAACGUUAGAAGACAUGUUGAGGGCACGUGUUCUUGAUUUGCAAGGAUCAUGGGAUUAGCACCUAGACUUAAUAGAGUUUUCGUACAAUAACAGUUACCAUGCUAGCAUCGGAAUGGCCCCGUACGAAGCUCUAUACGGUCAAAAGUGUAGAAGUCCCUUAUGUUGGGGUGACAUUGUCGAUCAGGUGGUUCUAGGACCACAAUACUUGCAAGAUACCAUAGAGAAAGUCAAAGUCAUCCAAGAGAGGAUGAAGGCUGCCCAAGACCGAUAAAAAUCAUAUGCCGAUCUUGGGAGGAAGCCAGCUGAAUUCGAGGUAGGGGAGAAAGUUCUACUCAAAGUCUCUCCUACAAGGGGAGUAAUGAGGUUCGGGAAGAAAGGGAAACUAAGCCCGAGGUUCAUCGGACCCUACGACAUCCUAGAGAAGGUGGGAAAAGUGGCAUAUCGAUUAGCUCUACCCCUAGAGUUGGAUAAGGUAACAAACGAUUUUAAAACAAGAUACUUUUCAACGAUUAGAUUUCAUCCUUAACAUACAGACUUGUGCUAGGCACAUAACGUCUUUCACGUAUCACAAUUAAAGAAGUACGUUCGAGAUGAGUCACAUAUCAUCAAUCCUGAGGUAAGAGACCCUAAACUUAACAUGAACCAAAGUAAAUUGGAAAUAAUAUAAGUUAACCCUUAUAUUAUUAGGUGAUUGAAAUGGAUGAGGUGUUAUCCUACGAAGAAAAACCCGUAGAGAUCCUUGAUACCAAAACCCGAGAGACGAGGAAGAAGAAAGUUAAGAUGGUAAAAGUACUUUGGUCAAACCAUUUGACCGAGAAUGCAACAUGGGAGACAGAAGAGGAUAUGCAUAAACGGUAUCCCGAACUGUUCAACUAAGGUAAAUAUUGGGUUACGAGGACGUAACCUUUCUUUUAGGGGGACACGAUGUAACAUCUUAUAUACUUGUAAUACUUUAUCUUCAUACUUAAUUCUCGUCUUGGUUUAUGCUUCGAGGACGAAGCAUUCUUUAAGGAGGGUAGAAUGUGAUACCUUGAAAAUUUGAAAUAAAAAUAAAUAAAUAAAUAAAUAAAUCAGAUAAGUUAUAUCUCAUAAAUCAAAUGAAAGUAAUAUCAAAAUAUUUUGUAUUAUACUUGGUGUAUAAAAUAUAUGCACACUACAUGCAAUAAAAUAAAACACUUAUGUGGCAUCGAAAAAAUAAAAUAAAAAUAAAAUAGAAAUAAAUCAGAUAAAAUAUAGAUGACGGAAUAAAUAAAUAAAUAAAUAAAUAAAAAUAGUAUGAAUAUUAAAAAUUACUAAUAAUAGCAUCAAAUUAAUAAAUGAAUAUAUCAGAUCAUAAAACAAUGACACAUGCCAGGAUCACCUACCAAAUAAUGUCUAUACAUUAUGUACAUAUAUUUACAUAUAUAAAUAUAUAUGUUUAUAUGUAAAAAUAAAAAUAAAAUAAAAUUAAACAUCAACAUAAAUGGGAAUCAAAUCAUGAAUCAAUACACAUGCCAUGUUCAUCAACUACCAAACUAUCAUAUACAUUUUUAUUAUUAUUAUUAUUAAUAUUAUUAUUAUUAUUAUUAUUAUUAUUCUUAUUAUUAUAAUUAUAAUAAUAAUAAUAAUAAUAAUUAUUAUUAUUAUUAUUAUUAUUCAUACAAUUAUCAAAUAAAUAAAAUAAACCAUAAAGACCAUCUAGACCUAUAAAUACACCCUCUUAGCCAUCAAAACACUACAAAUCGGAGAGAUAGAAGCUAUUUAUACAUAUACAUAUAUAUACAUAAUCUCGCCGGAAAAUUUAUAUCUAUAUUAUUUUACGUAUCAAACUUCGUAAAAACGAUAGAGGAGGGUCGUGAGAGGUCUAGGACUACUUCCCAAUAAAUUUUAGACCGAUUCGUAGUCACCGGAGUUGCUUAGACGUCGUCGGAGUGUCAAGCCGUGCAAACGGGUCUUCAGCAAAAGCGGAAAUUUGGCCGUAGAUAGGGGUGGAGGAGCUUCGUCUCGACGUUAGGAUCAUUUUUCAACUUGAAUCGUCGAAAACCGUUACCUGUAAGUAAAGUUAUCGCUCGCCGAAGUUUUCGUAAUUCCGGUCACCGGAAUCGCGACCUGGAGAAGAGCUGGGAAGAAGACAACCCAGUCUUCUUGGACCGGGUCGCGUAUUUGGGCCGGUUCAGCCCAUUUGCAAUAAAAAUUAAAAAUAAAAUAGUAAAUGAAAUAAAUAAAAUCUGGUAAAAUAUAAAUUAAAUACCUAGUAUAAUUAUACAUAUUUGGACCAACCAGAAUUGAAAAAUAAUAUUUUUAACUAUUUUUAAUUGAUUUAAUUGUAAUUAGGCCAAUUUGUACAUAUUUAGUAAAUAAUUAACUAAACGACGAAAUAAAUUAUGAAAUAAUUAUUGGAUUAAACUAGAAUAAAUAUAUGACUAACUAGGACAUUUAUAUUUAAUAAAAAUUAUGAUUAGUAUAUUUAAUUGUAAUUAAACCGGUUAAUAGAUAUAUGAAAUUAAAUGAAUAAAUAAGGGAAAUAAUUUUAAAAUAAAUAUCUGGACAACCUAGGUCAAAUAUAGAUCCAAAAUUUAUUUAUGUACGGUUAUAAAUUUAUAAAGUCGAAUCUUAAGCUAUUUAAUUUAAUUGGGCCAUAUAAAACUAGUUAAGUAAUUAAAUAAGAAAAUUUGAAUAAUAAUGGUGAAAUAAAUAAAAUCACUAAGAUGGGAAAUAAUAUUCUGGACUAAAAUGAGGUUUGGAAUAAAAUAAGAAAAAAAAGUAAAGUUGGGAUAGCUAACAUAAAUGAAUGACUAUAUUUGGACUUAAUAAAUAAAUUAUUGAAUUAGUGGACUAAUUAAAUUAGUGUGAUUAAAUUAAUUAUUAUUAUACUUGAUUAUUAUUGAUUUGGACUCCAUAUAAAUUAUUAAACUAUUUGAACUCCUAAAAAUUAGUUGAUUAAUAUAAACAAAUUAAUUAAGUAAUGUGUACUUAAUAAUUUAGUUAAUUGACUUCAUUGGACUAGUUUAACUAAAUCAAUUAGUUUAAUGGAUAAAUUAGUUAAAUUAUGGACGUGGUAAUAUUUUUGGACUUUAUAUUAAAAAUAGAAAAUUAAAACGAAAUUAGAAUUUGAUUAUUGGCCUUAAUUAGAUUAAUGUAUUUAGCUAUAUUGAUAUAAUUAAACUUAUUUAGUUGAUGAAGUUGAUUCAAUUAAAUUAGUUAAUCAAAUAAAUAAAACUG